AAGCACCGCAAGAAACAUCGACACAAUUCUUAUAGCUUCUCUUAUCGCUUCGGACUCCUAAAUCCCAUGUGACCAACAUUCAGGAGCCUGGAUCUCAAAACUGAAACUUCUUUGUCUCCCAAAGCCCAGGCCGUUAAGUAGGUUGGUCACAUAUAUUUUUACGGCUUCUUACGCGCAACGAGCGUGGCCAUCUCCUAAGAGGAGCUCCCAUACGGUUCUUGCUUCUUAGAGAAGAGAAAGUCCAAAGGAAUGCUGGCAGUCCUGCCCUCCAUGUCACCCUAGUGAACCUUCAAGGUGGACCGCAGACAGCGCUCCCGCCAGAACUACAGAAACUGCUUCUGUAGCCUAGAAACCUCAAAGGCUCCUGGUUUCCACUGCUUCAGGGUCGCAUCUCUGGACAACGGUGGUUGGCACCGUGAUGCAGACAGGUGCUGGCACAUGCGCAUGCGCAAUGGCAGGCGGAGCUCGAACUCCAGGCGGCCAGACAGGCACAGCUGGACAUGGUAGACCCUAUCUCCCAGAGAAUGUGCCCCUAGUCUUCCUCUUCCACAACCUAAUCCACCAGACUUCUAAAUUGCUACUUCGGCCCAGUGGUAAUUGAGAGUCACAUAACUGGGCAUGCCAGAUUCCCAAAAUGUGUCAGAUGAGGGUGUGGAUGAUACUGAGUCUGCAAGUGGGAAAGAAUCCUAAAAAAAAAAAGGCAUUAACUGAGAACUCCUGCAUCCGUUAUAGGUGGCCCUGACUUUGACCUCAAACUCCAGGGAGCCCUGUGUCUGAGAAGAGUCUUCUAUGAAAUGAUAUACAAACACAAGCAGAAGUACAACAAGAAAAAUGGCUUCAAGCUAAGAAGAACGCUUCUUCCUAGUGCCCUGCAAUGUGGUGAAUGUCUUAUUUCCCACAUUACUUCUAUCACAACACCUGAGGAUGAGGCAAGUGACGUCGCUGCUCCUCACACUUUUUACCAUGGCACUCCUCCCACCCAAGACACUCAGGCGUAAAUCUCAUGAAAUCAACUGCAUCAGGCUCUUCUCUUGAGAAAUGGAAGUGACCUCAGAUGACUGAGCGCAAUUGGUCUGAGUCUCUUACUCAACAGCCUGGUUCUUUGUAUCCUGAAGGAAGAGUUGAGCAAGACCACAGGCAUAUUAAGAAAGAGCGGUAAUACACUCAUCAGAGCAGGAGUGGGCCUAUGAGAAAACUGGAGAGCAAGUUUGACUGAGAGUGCCCAUCUGUUCUAGGUUUUGAGGUAGUAAAAUAGAACAAGGCAGAACAAAGCAAAUCAAGACAAUGCAGUGAAAUUGGUACAGAACAUCACAGCAGGAUACCAGGAUAACAGAAGUCCACCUCCUCAGACUUUGGCCUUUCCUAGAAAGAAGAGGAAAUGGCUGAAUCCCAGCUGUGUGCCUGGCCAAAAAUUGAGAAGAAAGAAAAAAUAGAUACUGGAGUAGGAGAAUAAAGGAAACAGUAACAUUCAGAGAUGUGGCUAUUGACUUCACCAAGGAGGAAUGGAAGCAAUUGGAUCCUGCUCAGAGGAACCUGUACCGGAAUGUUAUGCUAGAAAACUAUAACAACUUAAUCACAGUGGGCUAUCCAUUCACCAAACCUGAUGUGAUUUUCAAGUUGGAGCAAGAAGAAGACCCAUGGGUGGUAGAGGAAGAAGUUCUAAGGAGACACUAUCCAGGAGAAAUAUGGGGAAUUGAUGAGCAUCAGAAAACCCAGGACAAAUUUUUGACACACCUUUUCAAGAAAACACUGACUAAAGAAGUCAAUGAAUGUCACAAGAAAUUCACAAAUGCAUUUCCUCUGAAUUCAGAUUUUAUUUCUUCCAGACAUAACCUCUAUGAAUAUGAUUUGUUUGAAAACUGUUUAGAACAUAAUUUUGACUGUCAUAAUGUGAAAUGCCUUAUAAGAAAGGAACAUUUUGAAUAUAGUAAAGUUGUGAAUUCAUAUGGCAAUAGUUCAUCCUCUCUUGUAGUAACACCCUUUAAGUGUAAUCAUUGUGGAAGAGGUUUUAGUCAAACAUUGGACCUCAUCAGACACCUAAGAAUUCAUUCUGGAGAGAAACCCUACGAAUGUAACAAAUGUAGAAAAGCCUUUAAUCACAAAGAAAAGCUCAUUAAACAUCACAAAAUUCACAGUAGAGAACAGUCUUAUGAAUGUAAUGAAUGUGGGAAGACUUUUAUUAAAAUGUCAAAUCUUAUUAGACAUCAAAGAAUUCAUACAGGAGAGAAACCCUAUGCAUGUAAUGAAUGUGGGAAAUCCUUCAGCCAGAAAUCAAAUCUCAUUGAUCAUGAAAAAAUUCAUACUGGAGAGAAACCUUAUGAAUGUAAUGAGUGUGGAAAAGCCUUCAGCCAGAAACAAAGCCUCAUUGCACACCAGAAAGUUCACACUGGAGAGAAACCUUAUGCUUGUAAUGAAUGUGGUAAAGCCUUCCCUCGAAUUGCAUCCCUUGCUCUUCACAUGAGAAGUCACACAGGAGAAAAACCUUACAAAUGUGACAAAUGUGGAAAAGCCUUUUCUCAAUUUUCCAUGCUUAUUAUACAUGUGAGAAUACACACAGGUGAGAAACCCUAUGAAUGCAAUGAGUGUGGAAAAUCUUUCUCUCAAAGCUCGGCCCUUACAGUACAUAUGAGAAGUCACACUGGUGAGAAACCUUAUGAAUGUGAGGAAUGUAGGAAAGCCUUCAGCCACAAGAAAAACUUCAUUACACACCAGAAAAUUCAUACUAAAGAGAAACCUUAUGAAUGUAAUGAAUGUGGGAAAGCUUUUAUUCAGAUGUCAAAUCUUGUUAGACACCAGAGAAUUCAUACUGGAGAAAAACCUUAUGUAUGUAAGGAAUGUGGCAAAGCUUUUAGCCAGAAAUCAAAUCUCAUUGCUCAUGAAAAAAUUCAUUCUGGGGAGAAACCCUAUGAAUGUAAUGAAUGUGGUAAAGCCUUCAGCCAAAAACAGAAUUUUAUCACUCAUCAGAAAGUUCAUACUGGAGAGAAACCUUAUGACUGUAAUAAAUGUGGAAAAGCCUUCUCUCAAAUUGCAUCUCUUACUCUUCAUUUGAGAAGUCACACAGGAGAAAAGCCUUAUGAAUGUGAUAAGUGUGGGAAAGCCUUCUCUCAGUGCUCACUGCUUAAUUUACAUAUGAGAAGUCAUACUGGUGAGAAGCCCUAUGUAUGUAAUGAAUGUGGGAAAGCCUUCUCUCAGAGAACUUCCCUUAUAGUGCACAUGAGAGGUCAUACAGGUGAGAAACCCUAUGAAUGUAAUAAAUGUGGAAAAGCUUUCUCCCAGAGUUCCUCCCUCACUAUACAUAUACGAGGUCAUACGGGUGAGAAACCCUUUGACUGCAGCAAAUGCGGAAAAGCCUUUUCUCAGAUCUCCUCUCUCACUCUUCAUAUGAGGAAACAUACAGGUGAAAAGCCUUAUAACUGUAUUGAGUGUGGCAAAGCUUUCAGUCAAAAGUCACACCUUGUUAGACAUCAGAGAAUACAUAUUCAUCAGAAACAGUGUUUGUAGUGUGAGUAUGGGAAAGCCCUUAGAAGGAAUUAACACUUUGUAGCACGUUACAUGAUUGGUUCUAGAGCAAAAAACUAGUGAAUAUGGAAAAGACUUUUGAGGACAUUCACGAAUUAUAAAACAUUACAGCAUUAUUAUCAAGGUAAACAGUUGUAUGAUAAAAUUGUUAAAAACCCUCAGCAGAUGCCUUACUCAUUAAUGGGAUUAAUACUGUCAUUCAAAUCUGGAAGAAGAUAUCUGCUAUUGGCAUAUCAACAUACUUCUUAAGCUCCCAGCUAAUAUAUUAAAAUAGAAAAAGAAGAUUGGGAAAAGAACCAUAAAAUAGCCUUUUAUGUAAACAUAGCUAAUUAAAAAUGUGCUGAAAAUAUGUAAGAAUAAAAAUGAGUUAUGAGACAUUUAUAUCUACAAAGAUACAUGUUGAAGGGCUCAAAACAACACCUAUAAAACUAAAACAAAAUUAUUUCUGAAGAGACUUGACAUUGUAUAAACAUGUUCUCUCCAAAGUCUCUAGUGUACUUCUACUCAAAACUUACACCAGUUAGUUAAAAGAAUUUCACAGACUGCUUUGAAAUAUAUGGGAAGCUAAACGAUCACAAUAGCUGAAAUAAAUUUAAGAAAGCAAAACAGCUAAGAAAAAUACACUAUGAUCAUUACAUACCAUAUCUAGAGCCAUUGUCAUUUAAAUUGUGCCAUUCUAUGAUUAGAUAAUCAGCAAAAACAAAUUGAACAUUGAUAGAACAAUCUAAGAACAUGUGGAAAUUUGUGUACCAUAAUGCUGUUAAAAUCAUUGUAAAAAAAAAAGGACUACUCAAUAAAUGGAAAGUUUAUAUGCACAAAAUGUUUGCUCUCUAUCUUAUACUAUAUACAAAAAUAAAUCCCAAGUAGGUUGAAGACCAAAAUAUAAAAUUAAAAUUCCAGAAUGCUGAUGAAAAUAAAGUGUGUUACUUCAGAGUAAUGGGAAUUUUUUUGAAACACAUAAACAAGAGACUGUUCUGUUUUGGUGUAUUGGUCUCAAAAGUACACCCUUAUAUGUACAAAAAAUAUACCUGUCACUAUGUUUACUGUAUUAUGGCUUUUUAUUGCCCUAAAUUGGAAUAUAAGCUUCUAUCAAUAGAGGGAGAGAUUAAUACCAUAUGUUUAUUUCUACAGUGGGAUAUUAUACAGUAUUUAAAAGAUACAAAAUUUGCACGUAAUUCAUGGUUUGAUCACGGUAUAUUGAGAGAAAAAAUUCACAAUGAAACAUUAACAGUGUGAACAACAGCACUUAUAUAUCAUAAUGGUUGCCUUUGAGGAUAUGAAAAUGUUUGCUGUGAACUGUUACAUUGAUCUGUAAUAUUUCAUAAUAAAAGGAUGAGAGCAAAUGCCAUAGUUUUAACAAGUCUGGUUGUCCAAAUUAAAUGGAGCUUUAAAAAUAUUUUGUUUUUAUUUUUCUAGUAUUUUUAGAAUAAUCAUCAAAUAAGGAAAAUAGAGUCCAGUUUUAAAAUGGAUUUUUGAUCAGCUAACAUUAAUAGAAAAUCUCAACACAAAAUACUUCUUUUAAACUGUUCACAUUAAUUUGGAUAAUAAAAAUCAACUGGAUUAUGUUUGCUUGAGACUAACUUAAAAUUUUAAAAAUAAUCUUGUUUUAAACACAGUUUCCUUCCCUACUUGAAAACUGAAGGAACAAAAGAACUACUUAAUUUUGGGGAUAAUUGACUGCAUUUGGAAAAAAUGAACUGCAUUCCAGUUGGUUUCAGCAUAAGUGAAAGGGCUCAAUAAGGCAUACUAGAAAAUGUGGCUAAUGUUUUAAUGUGAAUAUUUUCCAGUGUUAGAGCAAAAGCAUUUUUAACAUAGCUCAACACAACUUUCUUUGUUUUCUAGAUUCUUAAAUGAAUUCCAAAUAAAUUUAUGUAUGCCACAUAAAGGUCUAGUAGCUCACUCGUCUUGGAGGAAGCAUUGCUUUUGAACCUACAGGAAAGCUGGGUGUUCAAUUUGCUUUGUAAUUCACACACUUUCAGUAUAAACCUGAGCUGGGUUUUCAUGUAUUUUAGCUCUGCGCUGGUAAGGUGUCAGGGAAGAUUUAGGAAUACUCAUGUAAUAAAUACUGUAUUUGAGCUAGGAAUUGGAGCCCUAAGGUCAUACUUUUCUCUACCCACAUUUCUCUAGCACAGUUAGAAACCACCAUUCAGCCUCAUACUCAAUUGUAUGACCAAAGUGUUCUGAGACUUCAACUAACAUGUCCACUCAGAACCUUGUCUUUUUAAAAAGGUAUUUGAUUAGGAAUAUCAAAUGGUAGAAUUUAUGUAUCUCUUGCCACAUGAAUCAGUGUUUUAUUACAGAUGUAUAAGCACUAAUGCCUUUAAAUCAUAUCAGAUUAGAAAACCAAUACUAAAAACACACAACCAAUGAAGAAAGCUCAUUUUUCAGAUUGCAUUGCUCAAAAAAGACUCUUGGUUUCAAAAUCUGUCAGAUUCUCCACUAGAUUUAUAUAUAAUUAUAUAAAAUAUUAAAUCAUAAAAAUAUAAUUAAAAUGUUAUAUAAGUGUGAUAAAUAUUAUGUAUUAAACAUAUGGCAUGUACCUAAGUUUGGGAAUUAUAUGUGUUUAACAAUUGAAAUUUCAGCAGAGGGUUUAGCUCAGCAGCACAAUCCCCUGCCUGGCAAGUACAAGGUUGAGUUUGAUCCCUGAUACCAAAACAAAUAAACCAAUUGAAAUUCAUAAAAACAAAUAUUAUAAGAAAUUAGCUCAUGAAUUGUGGGGACCAGCAAGUCUGAAAUCAGUUAGUUAGAAAAUUCAACAGGAGUUAAUGCUACAAUCUUGAAGUAGACUUUCUCUGCAGUUUUUUAAUGCUGUUACAACUUUCAAAUGAUUGGAUGAGGCUCAUCCACACUGAAGAUGAUCAUAACCUCAACUUAUAGAUGUGUAUUCACUUUCCCAUUGCCGUAACAUAAUAUCUGACACUACUUAAAAGAGGAGAUAUUCAGUUUGGCUCACAGUUUCUGAGAAUUCAAUCCAUGGUUGGCUGGCUCCAAGGCAAAAACAUCAUGGGGCAGAGCAGAGCACUUUAGUUCAUGGAAGCAGAACAGGGGAAUAGCCCCAGAGAGAGUGAGGGACCAGAUAUGGUUGCCAAUACCAUGCCCCCAUGACACACCCAGAAGUACUCCAUCAGUUCUCUUGGCAGACCUAGUCAAUCUAGUUGACACCACCCUAACUAUAGGCUGUACACCACAUUUUCAAAAUACCAUGAAGGGAUAGCCAGAUGCCAGCAUUUUCCCAUGAGUUGAUGCCAUUUGCAGACUGGGGGAAGAGAACAAGAAGUCAUCAAGAAGUAAGCCCUCCCUGCAAAUCAGUACCAUACGUGGGCCACUGGGGGAUACAACCAGAUGCCAGCCUCUUCCCAUGAGUUAGCACCAUUCACAGACUUCAAGGGGGCCAAAGAAGCAAGGCUUUGUGCAAAUUGGUGCCAUGCAUGGGCCGCUGGCAGGGGUGAUCAACCAGACACCAGGCUUUCCUCAUGAGUCAGUACCAUUCAUGGACUGUGGAUGAGGAGAACAGGAAGUCACCAAGAAGCAAGCCCUCCCUGUGAGUCAGUACCAUGCGUGGGCCACUCCGGGGAGAGUCAGUGCCAUAUGUGGGCCACUUGGGAGAGCCCCUUAUUGCAGGCGGGCUGGGAAAUAAAAAGAGCCAACCCCCUCUGCCCCCUGCCAUAAGCGACUGGUUAAUCCUGAGAAACACAGAUGCAAAUGGCUAUUGAGGUGGAAUACAAAUUAAUGCCAGUAGUGUUUAGUGUUUCACUAACUUUGUAGGUCUAAAGCUGGUGGUCUGAUAUCUGUACAGAAGAUGGCAAUACACAAUGUAGCUUCUAUGGGGGAUGCCUUCUGAGGGUGGUGGCCAUUGUUGAUUCCCUAUUGUGUUUUGAAGUCUUGUAUCAUUUUCAUUGUUUUGUUGGGUUGGGGUUUGUUCUAUUUUGUUUUGAUUUUGUUGUAUCUGAUGGUGUGGUCAGCUAUUUCAGUUAGCAACAUAUAGUAGUCAUUUUGGAUUUACUAUUACUUGUUUUGAAGUCCUAUAUUGCAUUGAUUGUGUUGUUUUUAUUGGUUCUGUUGUGUUUUGUUGAUUUUUACUAUGAGGGUAUCUACAGCUGUUUGGAGGAUGGCUGGAGGUAUUAUGGUAACCAUUGUUGAUUUCCUGUUGUUUUGAAGUCCUGUGUUGCUUAUACUGGUUUGUUUUGAUUGGUUUUGUUCUGUUUUGUUUUACUUAGUUUUAUUCUCUUUAAAAUAAAAAAUACUUUGAAAACAGUAA